AUGUCUCCAUUUUCAUUGCUAAUACUGGUUAUUUGCGCCUUCUCCCUUUUCUUCUUGAUCAACCUCAGCAGAGGUCUGUCUAUUUUAUUAGUCUUUACAAAGAACCAACUUCUGGCUCUGCUGCUCCUCUCGAUUGUGUCUUUGUUCUCUAUUUCUUUAAUUUCCGCUCUGAUCUUUUUUGACCUCCUUCCUUCCACGUUUUUUGGAUUCAUUCUGUUGCUCUUUUUCUGA